UCCAAAUGGAGGCAGCACUUUUUCAGAUCCAAACACUCAAAUUGGGAUCUUUUCGUCACCCCUCAUGGAGAAUUAAACCUGCUGAAUUCGAUGCAGAAUUGUUGAAGAAUACGUGGCCAGAAAUUUACGAGAUACGUUGAAAUCAAGAGUAUCGCUGGGAUAACGAGUGAAGAAUUCGCGCUGGGACAUUUCAGGCCUUUCGUAUUUUCACUCUUGAUCGAUCUCGUCAUCCUCGCAUUCUGAAUGUUGGAGUGCUGCUCGCGCAUCUCCAGACUUAGGACUUCUGAAGGAAUUAACUGGGUUGCAGCGUUAUGAACUGCAGCUGAAACUUGAACCAGCACUGUAACUGCACUUGAGAUGUGUAGUUUAGUAUUUUAGAGUCUGGUUUGCGGCUCGAAACCAAGUUAGCCCAUGCUUCACGCAGCUUUUCUUUUCUGUUAGCUUUUUAACAUACUGAUGUGAGAUCGAUAUAGCUUGUGGGUUAUAUGUUUUUGAGCAAGAUGUUGCCGGUUCGAUAUUCUUGUGGUGCGAAUUGACGAGGAAGCCAAUGCUGCAAAUUUGUUGAAAAAAAAAGAAUAUAGAGAACAAGUGGAAGGGGAGGAGGUUAGAUUGUAGUCAUGAAUCUUAAAGUGAGGCCGCUCAUGCGGCGGUGUUUUAGUACGAGUGUUAACACAGGUGAGCAGAACUUGAUUACAUGGGUUAGACGAGAGGGUGGUCGUGUGGGAGCGCUGGAUCAGCAAGGAAGUCAGGAGGGAGGGUGGGGUUUACGGACAACCGAAGCUGUGAAAGCAGGGGAUACGCUCAUAUCUUUACCUCCGCAUCUUAUCCUGUCGCUGGAAACCUCGAAUCCGCUGCUUCUCGCAUUGUUCGAUCGCGUUCCAGAGGAGCUGUGGACAGUCAAGUUGGGACUGAAGUUACUCUCAGAACAAACAAGGUUCCAGAUGUCGCAGUGGUGGCCUUAUAUUCAGAACCUUCCCAAGCGCUUUACUGUGCCCAUUUUUUACACUUCGGAAGAAAUUCAAGCGCUUCAGUACCUUCCUCUGACACAUCAGGUGCACAAGCGAAUUCAGUUUCUAAACGAAUUUGUAGCGGAGGUUAAGCCAGCUAUAGUUGGUCAGGCACCACAGCCUGGGCAACCCUUCAACAAUUAUCAAAUACUUCCUCAUGCACUUGCUUGGGCAGCGACAGCUGCUUCAAGCCGUGCAUUUCAGGUGCACAGAGAAGGGGGAGGAUCAUCAUUGUUGCCCUUAGUGGACAUGUGCAACCAUAGCUUUACACCUACUGGACGUCUUUUACAGCACAGUUCUGAAUCUCAGUCAUUGCCUGUACUUGAGGUAGUAGCAGAAAAAGAUCUGGAAAAAGGGGAGAAUGUGGUUUUGAACUAUGGACCUCUAAGCAAUGACAUUUUGCUUCUCGACUAUGGCUUUGUGAUGCCUAAAAACCCUAACGAUCGGGUGGAGCUUCGCUACGACGACCAGCUUCUUCAUAUGGCUUGUCUCGUGGCUAAAGUUAAUAUAGACUCGUUUAAGGAUCCUACCACUUCGCAGCUGGCUCUUCUCACAAGAUUGAACCUUCAUGGUCCUAGCUCUUCACAAAUGGUUACAUUAGGCGGAACCGAGCUUGUGGAAGGCCGGCUGCUGGCGGCAGUAAGGGUAAUGCAUGCCCAGGACCCCAUGGAACUUCUUGACGUUGAUUUGGAGGCGCUACAAACCUGGAAUCAGUCACCUCCGCUGGGUGUUCUAAACGAGCGCAAGACCAUUCGCACUCUAAUAGGUCUUGGUAUGCUCGCCCUUGCAUCUUUUCCAACUGAGAUUGAAGAGGAUCAAAGCGAGCUAGUAAAGGGUGACAUUUCAGAGAAUCAUCGUCUCGCAAUUCAGUUUCGGAUGCUUAAGAAGCGCUUACUGCUUGAUACAAUCAAAGGCUUGAAGGCCAGGGAUCCAACAUGAGUAGUCUCGGAAAUUAACACAAUAAAGUCUGCUGCUCUUAACGAUGAAUGGGUUAAGUAAAUUCUGCUUUUACUAUGCAUGCGUCGAACUAGGAAUGGUACAACGCAGCUAAGCUUCAGUUUAUGCGACAUGCAUGAAUUAGCAUAAUCUUUUCUACGCAUUUGAAGAUCCUCAUUGGCAGUAAAAUUUGCCUCUUAUUAAACUAGAAUCCGCAGUCUGGGUGACCAAUGACCAGGGAAAGUUCAGCAAAGCAGGGCUCAUAAACUUCGUCAACGGCUUGAACUUUCCGUUGUCUACACUUUUGAAGUCAUGGACCAUAGAAUUCGCCAUUAUCCAGUGUUGUUCAUCAAAUAUUAUAAUAGAACAAUACUACAUCUUA